CAACUGCCGAUCGUCUAUCCCGUUACGGUCACCUCAUAUCACUUUCAAACAUAUCACUUGCCUUUUGGAAACCUUAGGUUCAUCCUCUAUCUGCUGCUUAUAUGGCAAACUCUACCAAUGUUGGAAAUAAGAAGGCCCUCCUCAUUGCAGUCCGAUCUGUGAGUAAAAAAGGCUUCCCUAAGCCUUUGCAACAUGCACACGAGGACGCCGAAUCGCUCAAAUGCCUCCUUAUCGAUAAGUUCGAUUACCCCGAAGCAAAUGUUGUCUUGAUGAAGCAUGAUACGGAGUACCCAGAACAUCUCUGGCCAUCACGGAGCAACAUACUCAAGCAAAUCACUAAAAUGGUUGCAAAUGCAACCUCAAAUGACCAAUUUUUCUUCUAUUAUUCCGGUCACGGAAACCAAGUAACUUGCAAGCACCAUACGGAAACUGAUGGAAAGGACGAAGUCAUAUAUGCGUACACUGGCCACUACAUAGUUGAUAACAAAUUAAGAAAGGUACUGGUAGACCCUUUACCUCAAGGCAGUAAACUUUUCGCACUGUUUGACUCUUGCCACUCUGAGACGAUUUUGGACCUGGAACACUACAAAUGCAAUAAGUUAUUGUCUGGAGACGUUAUGAGAACUCGACGAAAGUCAUUAACGGGACGCUUCUUGUUGGAUUUCGUGUCAAGACCAAGGACACUUCCAGCCAACAACCAACAACCUCUAUCGCGUGGUCCUGGCUUCCUCGCAUGUUUUUUGAAAACUCACCUCUCCGUCGGGUUUUGUCCCCAGUCUCUUGGUUCAAGUGUACGGGUGACUGUCAUAAAAUGGCAGUAGAAGAGCAGAAAGCAGCUCAUGUAGUCUCAUUGUCUGCG